AGCGCCGUUGACACGAGCCAAAUCGACGCCACUCCGGCCGGGAAGUAGAUUGGGUACCUGAGGCCUUCCUGAAAUCCACAAUAAAAUUAUUAUUAGUCUCGCUGUAGCACUCCGACGCUCCACUCAACUCAAACCUUGCGCGGUGCAGCCUGUCGAGCGACUAAUGCUAUAAAGAAAUGCAAUGGGCUCGUGAAAUAUUUCAUCCGCAGUACCAUCACAGUAUGUACUCGAAGUAUUUCAUAAUUCAAUCAGCCGUUCUUCCACUCGCGCAGCAUUGACUUUACUGGAGCCGCUGUCGCAGCGGAACGAUGAAAGGACUUACCAGGCUUGCAAGGAGGCUGCCGUCGGACUGCUUUGCGUCAUCCAGUUUUUGACUGACGGCUCUGACGUGUUGAUACGCGCAGCCAAGUGAGCGACAGCGCUAGUAGUGGAAAUGUUACGAAUGUCCCGGACUGAUCCAAGAAACUUUGUACGCUGAUGUGGUUUCAUUCCUCAACAGAACCGGAUCUAUUUCUUUGGAUGCUUCCAGCAGGUGAAUGCUGUAACAUAGACGUAACCUCGCCUGCAGGGCGGUCAACUCCAGCUGAUCAGGUAAAGUGCAGUGGCUGAUAAUAUCCCUGGCGGACACAAUAAUGCUGUAAGAUGGCGUCGUUGUCGUUUCGGUGUUCAGUGCUUCGCCGGCGCUGCAAGUCGAGAUGCAGUGCGCACCCACGACGUCAGAUCGCGGCGAUCUUCGUAGCUCUUUGUUUUGUGCUGCUGGCUCAACUGUGGCUCCCUAGCAACGAGUACAAGUGUGCGGAAGACGUUGAUGACGAACGGCAGGGUGUCGCUCGACGCGGACUGAGUGGCUGGAGGUGCGCCAAGUCUCCAGCACGCGGCACCACGGAACACGGCCGUGAACGCAUUGACCGCCGUGAUGCCGUCACACUGCUGCACAGUGUGGAUAAUGACGACUCAGACUCUGACACGGAGAUGCAACCGUCUCAAAUCACAGGCGCUCAGGAUUAUGAAGAUUCUCUAGAGGAAGGGCAGAAAGAAAUCACAGGCGCUCGGGAUAAUGAAGAUUCCCUAGAGGAUGGGCAGAAAGAAGAUUUCAAGAUCCGUAAAGGUAUCAGCACCGUGAUUUCACCAGUAACAGAGGAUCCUGACGCCGACCAAGACAAUGAUGGCGUAUGGCAUGAAAGCAAUGACCCUGCCGACUUAGAGUUGGCUGAAGAUCCUGUCACUGAAGAGCCUGAUGAGCCUGAUGAGCCUACCAUCCAAGCCACCUCAAGUGUGCACAAUGAACCUACAGCAAUGUCCACGGAAUCUAGAGAGGAACCGGAUCAGGAAGGGGCAGUGAUAUCCACGAAGCCUUCUCAGGCAUCAAAACCAGCAACUUCAACAUUGGUCCAUACGGAACUGUACAAGCUGCAAGUGGGGAAUUUAGUGGAGGUUCGGCCUGACUCAGUUCCACACCAAUACUGGAAAGAUCAGGAUGAGGAUGGCCACGUCAUUGCAACUCUUCGUGAUGGGAACAGAAACCCCGUGAGAAGUUCUCUUAGCUCUCAUCAGCAGUCACAGUAUCAGCCUAACUGGCAAGGGCAGAACCAGAGGAUGAUUGACACAGCGACUGCCGAACAGCAGGAUAAAGACUAUCAAUACACAGACAACGAGAACGAAGACGAUGCGGAUGAAGGCCACCGUAAUGGGGAUGAGCAAGCGGUGCAUAUGACCAUGCUGCCCUCUAAGCGACAACAGAUACCUCCUCAACUACCUGUUCUGGCUCGCAGUUCUAAACAGUUCACCGACUCGAAUGGCGUGAAAAAUUUGCCUACACCGUCGGUAAAUAACAACGAAAACCCUAUCCAUGGCGUGCAAAGAACUGACAUACAAUACUCCAAUGAGAAAGCACCAGGAGGACAGAACAUGCUGAAUGGAGUGUAUGCCAACAACAAUCCUGCAAUACUCGUUCCGCAGAAGACGAACCACGAGGACGGCUAUAGCAAAAGUGAUUUUGAUGAUGCUACUGACGACACUGGAAACCAAUAUAACCGACAACAAGGGAUAGCGGACAUUGGAGAUGAUGCUGGCAACCAAUAUAACCAACAACAAGGGAUGCAAGAUACUGGAGAUGAUGCUGGCAACCAGUAUAACCAACAACAAGGGAUAGUGGAUACUGGAGAUGUUGUUACUGAUGAUGCUGGCAACCAGUAUAACCAACAACAAGGGAUAGUGGAUACUGGAGAUGUUGUUACUGAUGAUGCUGGCAACCAGUACAACCAACAACAAGGGAUAGUGGAUACUGGAGAUGUUGUUACUGAUGAUGCUGGCAACCAGUACAACCAACAACAAGGGAUGCAGGAUACUAGAGAUGAUGACUACCAGCAGCAACCGUACCAGGAUAGUGUCAACCGUGAGCAACAGUCGCUCGGCGUCCGUGACACAUCUCAGAAUGCUGAGCAGCUACCAGCUAACAUGGGUCGAUCACGACUUGCCGCUGUCAAUUAUCAUCAGCAGGCACGCAGGUUUCCCAGUCGCACACAAGAUAGACCCAUGCCCAUGCAAUGGCGUGACCAGCAACCAGCGCAGCAAGCUAUCCGCUUUCCCAAGGAAAACGCCGGCGUCCAGUAUCCCGUAGCCCGUCGCGGCCGCUAUCAGGAUCAGCAAGAUAACGGUCAGUGGGGAGGUACAUUGCCGAAGCAUCGACAAGCCUCGGAACAAUCACACUUCCAGUCACAUCGCUAUGACGACGGUCAAUCAAAUCUCAAUGACGACGGAGUUGGAGCCCAGCAGUCCGAUUACGAUUACAACGGCAAUAAUGGCGAUGGUGCCAAUGGUGGAGCAUACCUCUUGCAAAAUGCUCGGCAGAACUCGCCCAGAAUCGUUGAUUUUGCAGACAGUUUUGAGCCUGUCGACACUGACAGAAGAACCAAUGGAUUGCAAACACGCCAGGGACAAGCUCCUAUGAAAACCGGGCGCAAGCGUCAGCCGGCUCAGCGACCCAUUCUCCCGCAAAUGAACAUGAAGGAUGUGUCAUUUGAUGGUGAUGAUGAUGACGAUGACGAUGAUGACGAUUACAAUGGCGACAAUCAGGACCAAGCUGACUAUCAAGCAAGCACGAAAAGGAAAAAGAAACCGACUCUCAAGCCACUGCCUCUCUUCAGUCCGGAAGGAACGCCGUCGAAGGAAUCCCUGAAGUAUAUCUGGCAUCAUGACCGAUCCUUCCUGGACGCACAGAGUUGCAAGUGGGCCCAACCACGUCCGGCCAAGCUUCAGAGGUCCACAUAUGUGUCGCAGGGCGAGGCGGCGCGACGUGGCUGGAACUAUGGACACUGCACGAAGGAGCACCAUCGACGGACCGACCGCAUGUUCCUGCUGACCGCCGUGCUACUGGUGCGUGUAUACAAGGCUGACCUGGCGCAGCUGGGCGUGCAGGAGGUGCUCACCUGGCUGGAUUAUCUGCGGUACGCUGGAGUCGGCCACGUGCUGCUGUAUGAUGCCUAUCACGAGCAGAGCGAAUCACUCCAGAGCGGCGUGCGGCAGUACCAGGAGACCGGAUUUCUCACCUACAUCGACUGGAGUGCGCAUGCCAAGCCCUACUCGAUUGACGGAACGCAGGUGACCGCUUACCAAUCAGCCAUCCAGCGCUACGGUUGCGAAUCGCAUUGGCAAAUUGCUAUCGACAUCGACGAGUACCCAUUCUCCCCGAUUGACACCAAGCCAGGGUUUCUGGCUCGCUAUGUCGCCAAGCUGAAGAACAGUGCACCUCGAGAGUACUACAGUCGACAGGCGAUUUACCUGAGCAAAUCCGAUGACGAUGAGGAUAACUCUCGCUAUAAAACUUUGCGGGAGAAAGAGGUGUACAGUCAGCUGCAUGUCAGUUUGAAAGACGCCGCCAUCUUGGAGGUCACCAUGGGCAACUACCUGCAUCUCGGUGCACCUCACCCACACACGGAGCGCCACCUGUUCGGCCGCUACUGGCGUAGAGAUGGCUUGCGGUCGAACGACUUGGUGAAGCCGAUCUACCGCUGCAACCCGCAGGCUGUCAGCGCUUCCAUUCAUCACAAUUUCCUCUCGGUCCCCGGCCUGUCCGUACCGGCAAACAAUAGUGUGCUGAGAAUGAACCACUAUUGGGGCGCUCGCGUCCAGGACUGGGGGCCGGACACGCCGAAAUCGCUGUCGCGCACCAUCAAGGACGCGGCGAUGAAGCCGAUCCUCGACGCAUUCCACGCAUGCGCCUCGCACCUGCCCAGUGGCAUGUCACAGUGGACCGCACCGCCAGUCCGGAGAUUUCCUGUCACCAAACCGCCGCCACCACCGGUCGUACGGAAACGCACUGCUGGCGUAUUGCGAAGGGGAAGUACCGCUCGCAAAAUUCCUGUUGGUCAUCCAAGCUUUUACAAAAGGAAACCUGUCCAGAAUAAUGCAGGGAAGGCGCAUGUACAUGUGAAUGCAGCACCGGUACGCCACUUCCAACCUCAACGCUCACCAAAGUCAAGAAAGAAGUUGGGUCAACAGUACAGGUUUGUAGACUGAAAACUUGAAAACCCCUGUUCGGUUACAAAUGUCUGGAUUUGAUGUACUGGCAAAUGAUACAUUAGUCAUCAUCCAGUCUCGUGACAAAUUAUCGUUUUUGUUGUUGAAGAGAUUGAAAAACUGUGGAAUUCUAGAAAGCAUUGGAAUCAGUGUUACACAUAAUUAUGUCUCACUUGAACCAUAAUAAUUAUUAUGUCGUACUUGAACCUAAACUGUUGAUGUAAUUGCAAAUGUUGUAAUUUUUAUCAGAGGACUGGUCAGAAUUAUCGCCUGGAAAGUGUCAUUGAGCCAUCAAUAGAGAUUACCUGUAUUUAUGAAGAAUACGGUCUAUACAUUUUUUUCCUUUACAACUGCGUCAAACUAUUAUUAUUGUCUAGCUAGUGAGCCCAUUUUCAUUCACAGUUCUUAUGUUCCAUCAAGUUCUAACGAUCCGCAUUAUAAUUUAUUGAUUCAGUUCAUAAAACUGUCUGGAAUGUUACACCAUGCCGAAAAUUUAUCGAUGUAGCAGUUUGCUUGUCCGAAAUAUUA